AUGAGACUUAUAACAUACAUAUGGGGCAAACUGGUCCCCCUACGAUCUAUCUUGAUACUAUCUAGAAACAUUUCAAACCAAUCUGGAGUCAAUCUGAAGGUUUCACUGAAGCACAAUGCAAAAAAUGAUGUUAUGGAUAACGCCUUCAAGAAGAAUAUACCCAACAACGAUUCCAAACAUCCAACGAAUGGUACCCGUGUACAAAAUGCUGAAAAGGUAAAUACGAAUUCAUCAAGAGAUCACGUUACUUCAUAUUUACCGAAUGUUGAUAAACCACCAACAGAUGUUCAAUCCAAAAGAUUACAAAAGCCAGGAAACGAAGUUGCCACUUCUGGCAAAACCCACAAUUAUAAUACCAAUAAAAUUGAUCGAGCUCUUAGCACAAUGGACCGUCUCCGAAAGGUAAACCCACAAGCUAGAUCCUCCAAAAGGCGAUCGAGACUGAAAAAGCCUUCCGAUACAAGUGACAAGCUCGAUUGCGAGUCUGGUACAACGCGUCUAACAUCACAGAAUGUCGUUAAGAAACAAUUGAAGCAGUGCAUAGCACCAACAAAAGAGGACAUACCGCGAUUGGCUCACAACUUGGAUCGAGUCUUGUUUUCGCCUGGGGUUCAUUUUUUACAGGACCCAAGAACCCGUGUUUACAAUUUCUCUCCUUUCUUGAAGAAUGUAAUACAUUACAAGGACUUCAACUUUGAUGCUGCAGGCAGUUACACGCCGGUGGAUAAGCAUAAGACUUUGUUGGAGAAUGCCAAACUUUUCAAAAAGCAAUUUUACUCAAGUACUUCAUCAAUGACUUCGAUAUUGAGCAAAUUUUACAUGUUGUUGAACAACUAUUCGCCGUCUAAAGUGGAGAGGUUUGGCGAAAUUCCAUUGAGUGGUGUAGCUACAAAGUUACCAAGUAGCACAUUUGUUGAGCCUAAAGGCUCGUUCACUUCUAAAAGCAAAAAGAAAACGGUGUAUUCACUCCUGGCUGACAAGUCCUGCGACUCUGAAAUUUUGCUCAGUGCAAUGGGUAUUUGUAUGGAAACCUUGUUGACGAAUCCAGAAGAUGAAUUUGUCAAAUAUAGAAAGGAUAGCACGGAGGAAGCCCCGCCAUCUCCGUUAAAUGCCUACAACUAUGCAUCCUUUGGUGACUUUUUAAUGCGUUCCCAGCUAGAUUGUUUUGAUGAGAGACUUCCGGGCAAAGGAACAUUUGAUUUGAAAACUAGAGCAUCUACCAACAUAAGGUAUAAUUCGCAUGACCCUAAUGUGGGAGAAACCGACUACCAAAUAUUUAAAUUGACUGGACAAUAUGAAAGUUACGAAAAAGAAUUCCGUGAUCUCAUAAAAACUGGAGCUUUACUCAAAUACUUAUUUCAGGCAAGAAUUGGGCAAAUGGAUGGGAUAUUUAUUGCGUAUCAUAAUAUCAAUUCCAUAUUUGGGUUUCAGUACUUGCCAUUAGAAGAGUUGGAUAAAAUCUUCUACUCUCAUGCUGAUUACACCACAGUUGCUUCGGAUUCCAGUGAAUCAAGUUUGAAGGCAAUCUAUGAAAUGGAUAAGUUGCCAUCAUUGGUUGGAGAAACACAGUUUAAAUUCACAAUGGAAAUUUGGGAAACCUUGCUAAAGGAACAUAUUAUCAAAGACUUUGAAGCUAGUGGCUUAAAAGAUACUGCAUUCAGGUUAGUUGUACAAACAUACAGACCACGUUAUGGUAGGACUCAGGAAUUGAGAAUAUAUGCCAUCCCAGUGUCGGUCGAUGAGAUCCAACUGUUUCAACUGUUUGCUGAUCGAUAUCCAACUGAUUUCAAACAAGAUUUAACUCAGGAGCAAAGAGAUGUCAACAUAAAGAAGCAUGCAACGGAACUACAAAAAUUUAAUAUUGACUCCUUAAAAGGGAAAAGGCUUUUGUCAUAUGCAAUCACCAUGGGUAGCAGUUAUAUCGAUGCGGAAACAACUGCUUACUACAACUUGCCUCGUCAUAUGCCUGACUCGUGGCGUGUGCAGUAUUGCAUCAAACCUGUCAAGAAUCCAUCAGAAAAGGACUUCAUAAAAGUGUUUGACUUGCCAAUCCAGCAAUUAAAUGAACAGUUCCAACUGGCAAAUAAAUCUAAGUUCAAGUUUAUGAAAUACAUACAACAGAUACAUCACCGAUACGAAAAAAUAGGUACACUAAGAAAGAAGCAAUGGGCCGGGAAGGAGAAAACUGCAAAAGUAUAUAGACCAAAGUAUAAUUUGUAG